AUGCCUUCCUCUUUCCAAUGGUGGCACUACAUGCUUCUACUGUCAUGCCUGUUCCACACCCAGGUGUAUUCCCGUGCUGUGUUCGCUCAUUUCAUGGUCUCGAAUACGGCCGUGUAUGGAGUCUCAGACUGGGAAACAGAGAUCCAGCUCGCGAAGGAUGCUCAUAUUGACGCAUUCGCUUUGAAUAUCGCAAAAGGAGAAGAAACUACCUCGACUUCCAUGCCCAAUGCUUUUAAAGCCGCCGAAAAUCUCAAAUUCUCUCUUUUUUUCUCAUUCGACUAUGCAGGGAAUGGAGCCUGGGACAAAGACGACGUGCUGAGUCUCCUGACGCAAUACGUUUCCAGUUCCGCCUAUUACCUCCACGGCAAAACUCCAUUGGUCUCGACAUUUGAAGGACCUGGCAAUGCUGAUGACUGGGUGUAUCUCAAAUCAAAGAUGUCGCUCUUCUUUGUUCCGGAUUGGUCCUCAGUUGGGGCCAAGCCUGCCAUGGCUUUGGGAGAUGGUGUUGCAGACGGGCUAUUUAGCUGGGCUGCGUGGCCAAAUGGACCCAAUGACAUGAACACCUAUGUUGACGCUUCUUACAUGCAAUACCUGGGCAAGAAGCCCUACAUGAUGCCGAUUUCGCCGUGGUUCUUCACAAAUAUGCCUGGGUAUGAUAAGAACUGGGUCUGGCGUGGUGACGAUCUCUGGUAUACGCGGUGGGAGCAAGCGCUAUACCUGGCCCCAGAAUUCAUCGAAAUUAUCUCUUGGAACGACUAUGGCGAGAGUCACUACAUCGGUCCCACUGUUGACUACCAUAACCAUCUGGCCGAUUCAAUGUACGCGGCAUUCGAAACUGGACAUGCCCCUUACAACUAUGUCGAAAAUUUGGAUCACACCGGCUGGAGACAAUUCUUGCCCUACCUGAUUGACCUCUAUAAAUUCAACCACACUACCUCAGGAAAGGAGGGCCUUGUGACAUGGUAUCGUCUGAACGCAGCGGGUGCGUGCGCUGAUGGCGGCACAACUGCGAAUACAGUCUCCCAGCUGCAGCUGGAGUAUUGGCCCAAGGAUGUGAUGCAAGAUAAGAUAUUUUAUUCAGCACUAUUGUCACAGCCUGGAGAUAUCUCUGUGACUAUAGAUGGCGUAAACCUAGGCGCAACCUGGACCAACACCCCCAGUGGCAAUGUUGGUAUCUACCAUGGAAGUGUCUCUUUUGCCGGCCAUUCUGGGGACGUGAUGUUGAGUGUGACUACUCCGAGUGGUUUGCUCGAAGUUGAGGGCAAGGACAUCAGCAGUGACUGUUAUAUGGGCAACCUAGUCGAAAAUUGGAACGCAUGGGUGGGCUACACUAUGGGAAACUCCCUCAGUGGAACCUCCCCUGACCUUGCCAAGGAAGUCUGUAUUGAGGGAUGGGGGAUGGGGGAUUUCAAUGGGCUUUGUCAAUUUGCCUGUAGCUUGGGAUAUUGUCCAGUUGGGGCGUGCGUGUGCACCAAGCUGGGACCUCAUCCGACAUUACCCAAACCUACAGGCGUCGUCGGCUAUCCAGCUGCAGGCAAAAGCGCCAAUUAUGCCGGUCUGUUCUCCCCAUUCACUCCUGAUACAUGUGUCAGUGGCACUGGAGAGGGUGAAUUGACUGGUCUGUGCAGCUUUGCCUGUAACUUUGGGUAUUGCCCCAUUUACAAUUGUACCUGUACUGCAACGGGUCCCUUAAACGUACCACCUGCCCAAAACACCUCCAUUGUCGGCUGGGCACCAGAUACCGAGGAUAACGGUCUUUGCAGCUUUGCCUGUACCAGAGACUAUUGUCCUUCGCCGGUAUGCCUGAACACGACCCCUGACGACGAUCCUUGUGGAAAUGGGGACGAUGAUAGUGACGAGUGUUCCGGCACUUUCCCUUGCGAUUUCAGCAUCAACUACUCCUCUCUCAAUGACCUGGAAGCAGACCUCGACAAAUUGACCCCAUACUGUGUCGACUUCUAUAUGCUGGGUGCACUAUACGGAGAGUUGGAGACUACUUUGGCCAACUAUACAAACAUUGCACAUACAACCGAUUACGACAAAGACUUCGAAGAGUACUCGACAUACAUGAAAAAUCAGGUUCUGCCCCAGCUCAGGUAUUUCAUGAACAGCAGCGAGAUUAUUGGUGAACCCAGUGGCGUGGGAAAUCAGUUUUUCGACUUUGAGUAUCUUGGGUCGGUAGAUCAGGAACAUAUCGUCUACUACGAUAUCAUUGACCGAGAAGGAUUCUUUGGCAAUCUUACUGCGAACGUUGGUGUGGAGCCGGACUGGGUAACACUCGAUGGUGGCUUGUUCCUUGGCUCCCAACAAAACGCUUACUAUGAGAAAUGCGCUUGGUGGCAGGGGUUUCCAGUUCCAGCCGAGGAAAUCAAGGUCACCGACCCUCGGGAAGUCAUGAGAAAUGCUUUGCCAAAUAUUCCCAAUCUGCAGCUCUCGAUCUCUCUUACUCAGCUUAGCAUCGCGUCCGGAGGCUUCGACGGCGUGAUAGACGAUGUUAUUCAGACCAUAUCUACCGCUGUCUCUACGCUAAGUGAGCUAGUCGAUCGCAUCUACCACGUUGUCGAGCUCGGUCGGAAGCUUUCCGAUAUUGAUAGGAAAAAAAAAAUACUGAAGAUCAUUGGUGGUGUGUUUUUGGCUCUUCCUUUCCUUGGCCCGCUUUCAGGACUUGGGGAUGUCAUCGAAGGCUUUGAUGCAAUACUCACUUUGGCGGGGAACGCCGCAAAUGAAGGCUACGAUGUCUAUACUAUGGUGCAGGACCCUGAAAGUGCUCCGGUGGCCAUUCUUGGUAUGCUGCUGGGCUUUGACAGCGGUUCUGCAGUUGGCAAAAUCAGCGAUGAAUCAUUGGGAGCCCUUAAAUACGAGUCUCUCGCUGCCUCUCGGCGCGAAAUGAAAAGUGCCGAGGUACAGGGGGUUGGAGAUGUAUUUAAAGAGAAGAUGAAUCGAGUUAACUCUAUUGUUAGCAAGUGCUCGAGACGUUGA